AUGUCCUACCCUGGCGAGCGAGUUGAAAUAUCUGGAGGGAAGAAGCUUCAGGUCUCCUGGAAGCCCUACAACGUCAGCGGAGCCAAUAUUUGGGUUUCCGAUGUAUCCGGAUUUGAGGAGAUGCCCUCUCUCCACAUCAAUGGUGUUCGUGCCACUCGAGCGAGAUAUCCAAACAUGCCGCAGGGGAUCGAGGCGUCGUGCGGGUAUGGUUGCAUGAUUGAUGGUGGUAAGGGCAAGUGGACACCUCCGGACUUCCAGAGAUAUGGCAAUGUCUCCUUCUAUACUGACAAGACGCCUCGGCACUACAGGAACACCACACAUGACUGGUUCAAUGAGUACAUGAUCGGUGUCGGUGGGCUCUGCAGUGUCUAUGAUCCUCCCGUCUCCUACUGGUGCUCUGAACACCCUUCUGGAGGCGGGGCCUUUGCAUUCCGAACCCCCUCGGGCUUGAGCUAUGACUUCCCAAAUGGGCCAUACAAGCAUGCUGAGGAUGCCCGUUUGUUCGUUUGGCGUCCAGCCAGGUGGGCCAACUGGAUGUUUGAUGUGGCGAAGUAUGAUUCCACCACACAAAACUUCACCUUCGGUCGCGGGGGGAAUCAGGGUGCCAGAGGUGAGAACUCUGGAGGCGACUUCUUCAUUGAGAACGUCAUGGAGGAGUUGGACUAUCCCGGGGAGUUUUUCUUUGACAAGCACGCGCAGAAGCUGUACCUGUAUCACAACGGGACUGGUGCCCCGCCUGCUGAUGCCGCGUAUGUUGCGCCCCAGCUGCAGGUUCUGGUAAACUUGACUGGCACCCAAUGGAAACCCGUCAAGGACAUCAAAGUGCAUGGGAUUCAGUUCAGCGCGGCGGCCCCCACAUACAUGAUGCCCCAUGGCGUGCCUUCUGCUGGCGACUGGGCGUUGGAUCGCUAUUCGGCUCUUUUCCUACAAGGAACAGAGGGCACUCUCAUUGACACUUGCGUCUUCGAUCGCCUGGAAGGCAAUGCCGUCAUGGUUUCGGGCUACAACCGCGACGCCACUAUUCAGAACAGUGAUUUCUCGUACCUUGGAGGGAACGCCGUGGCAGCUUGGGGGUACACCAACGAAACUCGGACCGAUCGGGGUCGACCAGGCAUCGAACUGAUGAAUUCGCCAGCGGCCGGUGUGGACGGCACGGAUGGCGAGCAUCCGCUGCGCACGACCGUUCAAAACUGCACGGCCCGUGAGAUUGGUCUCUAUGAGAAACAGUCCAGUUUCUUCGUGCAGGCCAAGACUGCGCAGUCAAGGGUGCUCUCCAACGUGUUCUUCAAUGGUCCUCGUGCAGGAAUCAACAUGAACGAUGGCUUUGGCGGAGGAGACGAGAUCGCCUUCAACUUGGUGCAUCGAACCCGAAGCCUGUUCAACCCCAACAGCCAUGCCCCGCGUAUCUCCGAGAUGCCCGAUUUUGAGCCCCCAAUCCCAGCAGUGAUGCCCCGCAGCGUGGAUGUGGAGGUGUUCUCCACAUGCCGGGAGAGCGGGGACCAUGGACCUUUCAACAGCUGGGAUCGGCAGCCCUUCCUGACCACCGUGCGAACGGGCGAGCUCCGGCAUGAGAUCUUGCCUUCGUCCGAGGAGCCCUCCAUGAUCAUGCAGUGGCGUGAGAUUCACCACAACUUUUUCAUCGACAAUUAUUCUCCCCAGGAGGGUGUCGACAACGACGACGGCAGCUGCUACUACAAGACCCACGACAACUUCCUAGUCUACGGUGAACGAGCCAUGAAAAACGACUUCGGUGGGCAUGACAACCACCACUACGACAAUGUGGAUGCCUACGCCAUUUGGCCAUCAUGCCUGGAUCCCAUCCCAUUCCAUCCCGUUCAAGCAAAGGUGGGCGAGGCCUUGGGCGUGUGCGACACCAUCGAAGGGCAUGAAGAUUACUUUUACGGCCGCUGGGCUGCGGGGGCUUUGGCGGGACGGUGGCUCGUCGGCACUGCAGCGAACUGUGACGAUGCCAUCCUUAAUGAGGCCAGGAAGAAGCUCGGGCUCGCCAGGGAGGCCUACCGUCGUUUGCAAGAGCUUGAGCGCGAGCGCCGUCGCUUGGCUUCUGACCUGGCGGCGCAGCGGACGCUGCGUGCCUCGCUGCUCGCGCUGGGGCCCAGCGCCGGGGUGCGCUGUGCACUUGUGCUGGCCAUGGCUUUGGGGCUGCUGGGGGCAUGUCGGGAUGAGCGUGGAUUUGUGAACGUAUCGCCCUCGCUGCCGUAUGGGCUCCGUGCACGUCCCAGCUACGAGUUCGCGGGGCCAAGUCAUGCCACGGCCCAAUCUGCUUUUGAGAGGGAGUUUUUUGGAGAUCUGAAGGUGCUCCUGGGGAGGGGCACUUGGCGCUUCACACUGCUCCUCUUUUGGAGAGCGCAGCUUGGACCAGAGGGAUCGAUGGAGAUACCAGGGAAGCUUGCAGAGCUGACUCCUAUCUUGAACUUAGCAGUAGAUCAUGCUUGUGAGGAUUUCCAGGCUGACGCUUGCAACGCUCUGCGCACCGUGCUGGGCAAACUCAGCUUUGAGGUGGAGUCGAUCCAGGCCUCUGCAAAGUUACACGGAGGCCUCGGAGCAGGACUAGCAUCCGAGAUAGCAGCGGAGUACACCAAAGAUGUGGUUGAGAAAGUGCAGAGCCGUGCUGCGUCGGAGAUAGAGCUGGAGGGGGCGCUAAAGGCGACGCAGGAAGCAGGAGCCUUACAAGACGUGCCGGAACCACCCACGCAGGCUGCCGAAGAGCCUGGUGAUGUGACGACUGGGGUGGCUGACCUCCGGGCGCUGAUCUCCGAAGAGCUCGUCCGGCUGGAGGCGGAGCUGCAGAUCCAGCUCUUGCGGCGAGUGGAGGAGACGUGCCGUACUGUGGUGGCGGAAGCUUUGGCGCCGAGGAGCUUAGAAGGCACCGUGCAGCACGAUGAAGAAACCAAGAUGACGGCGCCGGAGGCUGCGGUCGAAGCGAGCGCGGAGGCCGCGGCUGAGACACCCGCGGAGACAGCAGCACCACAUCAGCCGUUGGGGUCCCUACAAGAGCUGCAGGACAAGGUCUCGGCUCUCGAGACGGCCUUGGCGGAUCUUAAACAGCCUGCGACUGCGGAGGUCCGAGGUUGCGGUGCCGUGGCCGAGCCAACAACUGGAGCCCUGGCACUGGCGGCAGCAGAGAUGGAGGUGCGCGUGACCACUGUCGAAUCCAAGGUUCAGGGCCUGACAGCCUCGCUCGAAGUUCUUUCCGACAGCCUGGCUUUGGAGACACCCACGGACUUGCCAGUGGGUGAGGGCCCGGCUCGCCCACCGUCUCGGUCUGCCGAAAUCUUUGGUCGCCUGGACUCCUUGGAGGCACGCGUGUCCGCCUUGGAGCGGAUGUGGAGCAAAGCCGAGGAGAAGGCGGAGAAGGACGAGAAGCCAGGUCUGGAAAAAGAGAUGGGGAUGGCUGUUGAGGCUGUUGAGCUUCCGUUGGAGCCGGAGGCCGCGGGAGCCGUGGAAGUGCCUGGAGAUGUAGCCACCGUAGCCACACUAGCCACGGGAGAUCCGGAGCAAGCGCCAGAGCAAGCCCCGGAGCCCAACUUGAGGGCUGAGACCCCGGGUGAGGAGAUGCUGGCAACAGGCUUUGGCACUUGGAGCGGGGAGCCUGGAGAGAUGGACGAGAAGCUCAAGUUCUUGCGCGAUCAUGUGCUGGCGGCGGCACCUGAGCAGGCAGAGCUGCUGAGCGGAAUCGUCAAGGAUGUGAAGUAUUGCUUGAAGAGGUGCGAGCUGUUGUUCCAGCUUCCAGAAAUCAAGGCGUACAUCAAAAGUUUCCAGGCAUCGCUGCACGUGAAUGCCAUGCUCCAGGACCGUUGGCUGGGGCCGGGUGCUCGAACGCGGGGGAUCUUCGACGAAGACGACCUUGAGGGUACUGGGAAUCCGAAAUUACGGCUCGGCCAGAACCAUUCCGCAGGGGAUCUGACGCUUUCCAACCUCGCCACCGACCCAAUCACCCGGGCACGGCGGAGUGAGCCCCCCAACAAGCGGCCCUUUCGCACGGUGACAGACUGGGCACGGCCACAUACACCCCUCACCGUGGAUCCAGUGCUCAAGUCCUCGACCCCAAGCUUGCCAGACAUAGCUCCAUCCAGGUAA